GUCUCCCUUAGAGACACUGCCGAGUGUUCUCUUCCCCCCCCCCGCCCCAUCUCUGGCGGACGCUACCGAAUCCACCGAGCCUGGUUCCGCCGCCUGCCCAUUGGCCGCCGCCGAGAAGGCGCCCGCCGUAUCAGGGUCCGGGUCCCCCACGUGGGGGGCGGGACGAAGACGGAACCCGCGACGAUUGCUGGCGCCGCCGGCCAAUCGCCGCCCGGUUCGCCCCCCCACGUGGGACGGAAGGCUUUUCCCUCCCGCCGUUGGGGGGGCAGCCCUGCUGCUGGCCAAUCAGCGCGGGGAGGGGAGAGAGGAACAGAGGAAGGGGGGAGAGACGCGCGAGGCGCUCGAGUUUGGCAGUUGGUGGCGGCCGUUGCUCCCCUCGCGCCUCUGCCGUUUGAAAACGAGGGUUGAGCCGGAGGGAGGGGGGCUGGCGCGGCCCCGCCCCCGGGCCUGAGCGGACCGAACCAUGAGCGGGAGCGGGGGCGUCCCGCGGACCCCACCCCCCUCCCCGGCCGCCAAGCGCCGCUGCCCGGCCCCGCUGCUGAAGGAGACGGAGGCCGCCCAGGCGCUGACCCAGCUGACGGCCUGGGGGGCCCUGGAAACCGCCGGGCGGCAGGGGGCGCCCGCGGCCGAGGGGGCCCUGGAAACGGCUGCCGCGGGGCUGGCGCCCCCUGCUGGGGAGGGGGGCCUGGAAACCGCCAAGCGGGGCAGCCGAGACACCGCCGGGGGCGGGCGGGGGCGCCUCGGGGCUCUCGCCAACGGGAAGGGGAGCCGAGGGGAGAGGAGCCAGGAGACUGCCGCUGGGCCAGGGAGCCUUGACGCCGCCGCCGCCGAGGGGAAGGGGGUCCUGGAAACCGCCGCCGCCGAGAUGGGGAGCCUCGAAACAGACGCCGCCGAGGGGAAGGGAGUCCUGGAAACCGCCGCCGCCGAGAUGGGGAGCCUCGAGACCGCCGCCGCCGAGGGGAAGGGGGUCCUGGAAACCGCCGCCGCCGAGAUGGGGAGCCUCGAAACCGCCGCCACCGAGGGGAAGGGGGUCCUGGAAACCGACGCCACCGAGAUGGGGAGCCUCAAAACCGACGCCGCCGAGGGGAAGGGGGUGCUGGAAACCGACGCCACCGAGAUGGGGAGCCUCGAAACUGAUGCCGCCGAGGGGAAGGGGGUGCUAGAAACCGACGCCACCAAGAUGGGGAGGCUCGAGACCGCCGCUGACGGGAAGGGAGGCCUGGAAACUGCCGACGGCCGGGAGGGGCGGAGGAAGAGGCGGGCGGAGGAGGAGUGCUCCAUCAUCUCGGUGGGGGAGGAGGAGGAGGAGGAGGAGCCGGGGACGGGGGCGGCGGCGGCCCGGCCGGCCCCGGACACGGAGCAGUACCUGGAGGCGCUGGAGGCGGUGCAGCUGGAGCUGGAGGCGGUGAACGAGCAGGCCGGCUGCGCCUUCCGCAUCCUCAAGGCCAAGUUCGGCCACAUGCGCCGGCCCCACCUCGAGCGCCGCAACCUCAUCAUCCAGAACAUCCCCGGGUUCUGGGUCACCGCCUUUCUCAAUCACCCCCAGUUGUCGGCCGUGAUCAACGACCGGGACGAGGACACCCUGAGCUACAUGACCAACCUGCAGGUGGAGGACUUCACUCACGCCAAGUCAGGGUGCAAGAUCAAGUUCUACUUCAGCGGGAACCCCUACUUCCAGAACGAGGUGAUCGUCAAGGAGUUCCAGCCGGCCUCCUCUGGCAGGCUGGUGUCGCACUCCACCCCCAUCCGCUGGUGGCGGGGCCAGGACCCCCGGGCCCACGGCCGCAAGAGCCCCGAGGUGGGGCGCAGCUUCUUCAGCUGGUUCGGGGACCACAGCUUCCCUGCAGCUGACCGGAUUGCUGAGAUCAUCAAGGAGGACCUCUGGCCAAACCCGCUGCAGUACUAUCUGAUGGGCGAGAACGGGGGCGCCGGGGACGACAGCGGGACGGAGCCCGGGGAUGACUGCGUGGUGAUCGUGGACGACGAGGGGGAGGAGGACGAGGUGCAGGAAAUCAUGGACGAGGAAGAGGAUGGCGAGGAAGGCAGCACGGUGGAGGAGCUGAUGGUGGAGGCGGCCGGCCGGGGCUCGGAGCCGGAGGAAGACGGUUGAUCCCCCGCCCCCCCCCCGCCCCACCAGCACCUGAAGAUGGACCAGGCUCCCCCCCCCACCCCGGCGCCUUCUGCUGGGGCUGGACUCUGUGACUGAGCUUUGCCCCCGGCCCCCCGGCCUGGGGUCGCUUCCCGCUCCGGGCUUGGGGCAAUUCAUCGGAGCCCUUCAGUCAUUGAGGGCGACUGCAGUUCCCAGCCUGGCCAUGGGGGGGCAGCGCUCCCCACUGUGUCGCCGGGGGCAGUCGUCUGUGGGGCCAUGCUGGCGUUGGGGGUCGGCCCAGGGCGCUGGGGGCAGGGUGGGUCAAUACCCCCCCCCCCCCGCCCCGGUGGGUCUGUGGGGCCCUGCCUGGCUUUGGCAGAGGGGCAUUGUGGGUAAAUUCCCCCCCAGUGGCCAGGUGGGGUCCUGCCUGGCCGCGGGAGAGGGGCAUUGUGGGUAAUCCCCCCCCCCCCCCAGUAGCCGGGUGGGGCCUUGCACCCCCAGUGGCCUUUUACUGAGCAGCUCAGGGUCUUGUUCCAUUAAUUGUGCUCAGGGGUCGGCUGUUAACUCCCCCCCCCCCCCCCCCCAGCCUGGGUCCCCCCAGGGCCUGCUGCCAGCCUGAGGGCCCCCCCCACCUCUGCUGCACCCCCCCAGCGCAAUCCCAUCAGCCCCUGGGGCUGGGCACCACUCUCCCCAUCCGCAUGGGGGGCGUUUAUAAAACCAACCCUCCCCCCCCCCCCCCCCGGUGGCAGCUGUGUGAUCUGCCUGUCCGCGGGGGCACCGGGGGGCAGGGUGGGGGGUGCUCUCCCUGGCAGUCAGGCUGGGUGCUGGGGGGCACCCUGGGGCCGGCCCCUCUGAUGUCUUGUAUCCGUGGGUGGAGGCGCUGGGCUGGCUGCCCCCCCAUGGCUGCCCCCCCAUGGCUGCCCUGUGCAACGCUACUGAUGUGCGGGGCAGUGCCCGGCCGGGGGUUGUGCCCGGCCCGCGAAAACAAAGCACUUAAUAGACGGAGAGAUUUCA